AUGACAGAGGAGUACGAUGACAAGGGUUCGUGUCGAUUAAGUAAAUCGAUUAACGAUUAUGACGGCAAGUUGAAGGAUGAAGAUGGGAAAGACCCCGGGCCAGCAACAAAGUUUAUCAACUCAGGAGCAUUUGCUGGCAUCAGACCAGACCCCCACCCAAGCGAGCAAAAGUUGUAA